AUGGUCCAAUGUGUGACAUUCGAAAUUCGUUGGCAUAAUACGCUGCCUAUAUACUCUUGCUCUUUUCAGCCUAUAUCCGCUGCUCGCUUGACGCAAGUACUGGAUCAUAAUCUAGGGCAAGCUGCUGGUUUACCUCCUGGGCAGUGCCUGGCCGGUGAUGAGCGGAAAGGACAGGAAGAUCAUCAAGCAAAAGUGCCAGUGCUAGCUGGGGGUCAGAGCUGGCGCCUCGCCACCGCAGGCGGUGAUAACAAUGUGCGCAUUUGGAUGAUCCACCCAAAUAUCCCAUCGCCGUCCGCCCUUGCGGCUGCAUCUGGUGUGAAACCCAACCCACCACGUUCUGAAUAUAUUGCUACACUUGCCAGGCACACUGGCGUUGUCAACGUGGUUCGCUUCUCGCCACAUGGAGAUAUGUUGGCGUCUGCUGGUGACGAUGGUAAUGUGCUUUUUUGGGUCCGCCAGGAUCCUAGUCGUCAGCCCUUUGGAGAGACACAAUUCUCAGCUGGCGCAGAGACCGAUGGCGUGAUUGACAAGGAGUCUUGGCGCGUACGACUCAUGACUCGUGCGACGACGCUGGAGUUGUAUGACCUAGCAUGGAGUCCAGACGGGGACUAUGUGGCUGUGGGCGGGACAGAUUUUUGCGUUCGUGUCAUUCGUGUUUCGGAUGGCUCGAUUGUACGAAGCAUUUCUGAUCAUCAGCACUAUGUCCAGGGCAUUGCAUGGGAUCCUUUGCAAAUGUAUCUUGCGACUCAAAGUAGUGACAGACACAUGCACGUGUACGAACUGCAACAAGGUAAGACGACUGUGAGUACGCAACUCCUAAGUCGUCAUACGCGCUCCGAGAUGCGAUGUCGAGCUGUCUCAGAGGCGUUACCUUCUUCUCAAACAGCCCCCGCAUCCAAUGCACCCCUCCAGGACUCCUCUGUGACCAUCCCUCCUAUCAAGGCGCCCAAGCCCACUCCGGUUGCCUCGUCUGCUCAGCCUGAUCAAGUCCAAAAGCUGUAUGGUGAUGAUCGAUGCACGAGCUUCUUUCGCCGAUUAGACUUUUCGCCAGACGGUGCCCUCUUGGCGACGCCUGCGGGUCUCUUUCCAUCCAGUUCUGAUGAACAUGAGAAGGCGACGACCGCAUCGACCAGCGCCACCUACAUCUAUGGACGUGCCAAUUUUUCUCGGGCUAACACACCUAUUGCUGCUUUGCCGGGGCAUAAAUCUACCGUCGUUGUCGUGCGCUUUUCACCGAUUUUAUACGGACUCCGCCCGACAUCCCUGAAUACGGAGAGAGGCCAUCCUUUGCACGUCGCAGGCAAGGAUCACGAUGAACCCAUGUCCGCUUCGGCUUCUGUGCCAGUGAGUGUGAUUGGUCUUCCGUAUCGCAUGGUGUAUGCUGUCGCCACACAGGAAAGCGUGUGGAUUUACGACACCCAGCAAGCUGGUCCACUGUGCUGCUUCAGUAACUUACAUUAUGCAUCCUUUACAGACCUAACGUGGUCCCCAGACGGACAAUCACUCAUGAUGUCGUCGUCGGAUGGCUACUGUUCACUGGCUGUGUUUGAUUACCACGAGCUGGGACGGCCGUAUCUUUAUGGCAAGCAGCCUUCUCUCCACCCUAUCCCGAGUCGAGCCCCGGAACCUUCGGCUCCUAUACCCGCACCCGCACCCCAGACGGCGCACCCGGCGAACAGUCCGGCGGAACCUAUGAAGGAGGAGAAAGAGGCCCCCUCUACCACGUCCGAGCCCAAGAAAAAGCGACGCGUGGCACUCACGUAUGAAGGUCCGCUCUCGUAG